GCAGUUUUGUUUUACUCUUUGAAGAUAUCCUCUGCUCCUAUAUUUGAGGGUAAAGAACCUCCACAAUUUGUUGCACUUUUCAAAAAUACUGUAGAAUGACAAAGAAAGGUUCAUCAGACGGAAUCAGCUGGACUUAUUCAAUAUCUGGAACUGGAGUUCACAAUAAUAAGGCACUACAAGUUGAAGCGAACUUCACCAACAAGAAGGUUUCCUCUGAGACUGUCAGGGAUUGUCACUUGUUCUCCUUUUCCUCCAACAGCGGGAAGAAAAUGUGGAAGAUUACUGAGAGCAAGUCUGGAUUAGAAGAAGCUGGUGUCUUGAUUGGGAAAGUGGAUCUUGAGGCUAGAAGUUUGCAGCUGAGUGCUAAAGCUUUGUAUCUUUCUAAACUAAAAGAGUGUAAAUCUGAUCUGAACCAAUUGAAGAAGGAAUUGAAACGAAUUUGGAAAGUGGAUCUUGAGGCUAAAAGUUUGCAGCUGAGUGCUAAAGCUUUGUAUCUUUCUAAACUAAAAGAGUGUAAAUCUGAUCUGAACCAAUUGAAGAAGGAAUUGAAACGAGUUUUGUCCUCAGAUACUAAGCAGUCUCGCUGUGGCGAAUUGAUGAAAUAUGGAAUUGCGGAUCUGCAUGCAGUAUCUGCUGAUCAAAGAAGAAGAUUGGCAAUGUCAGUGAAGAGGCUUGACCAAUCAAGAAAUAGAGUCAGGGAGAGUAGAAGACUAAUGCUGGAGACAGCAGAGAUACAGGGGAUAUCACGUUUUGGGCUCUUUCUUUUAAUGGUCCUCAGGCGAAGUCCUUAUGAUGCAUCUUCUGCUGCUUAUGCGAUAAUAUUGAUCAGUCUAAUGCUAAAUCGUACAGCUUGUAGGAGAGUCAAGAUGGUUUGCGCUCUAUCUGGACAGCGAGGAUGCAUAGUGCUUGUAAUUCCGGUUUUCUGAUUACUUCAUAUCUAUAAACCUUUUUCUUCUAUCAGGUUGUCGAUGAUUCUAGAUACGCAUAGAUUUUGACGUUCCAAGAUAUGGAUUUUCAGGUUCCUUCUGUUCUUCAGAGAGAUAAUGUUAUGUUGAAAGUCUUUUGUGAUUAGUUGGCCAAAGUGAUUGUAUAGAUCAGUUGUUUCGGCUCUUGAUUAUGUGGGGUCACUUCUUCGUGUUAGGUUCUCUUUAAUAAAGAGGGUUCAUGUUUUCGCUCUUGCUUUACUUUGCUUAGGAGGAUGGGUUUCUUUUAGUUGUUUCCUGAACUCUCUUUGGUUGUUUAUGUUCUUUGACUAAACGUUUCCUUAGAGU